GUCGAAGCGCGGCUACGCAUGGCUGCAGUGUAAAGCGCGGCUACGACACCGUCCUGCUCCUGCUUAUUGUGCGUCUGCCAUUGAAAGCGAUGUAUGUCUGCAGUCUCUCUGGCACCACCAAGACUACUGUGCCACGUUUCAUGAAGUAUGCCGCACUGCACAAAAACAUGAAUCUAUUCUUCAUGAAGUGCCCAUUGGAAUAGCACAGAAAAGUGUUCAGAGAGUUCCUUCUCUGAGCUAGUGCUACGAGAUACCAAGGACGAAAAUAGGACUGUAGAGAAAACGAAGAGUCCAAAAGGAUUUAUACGGUUUUGUGUCAUGGAAGCCCUAAGGUGUCAUAGUGCCCUAAGGUGGUGCUGCAUCUCGAGCUACCAGAAGGCAAGUACAAGUGAAGAUAACGUCGGAGACGUGCCGUGCUCCCCUUUCGUCAUUGCCAAAGGAGAGAACUUUCUGACUGCCGGGGUAUUUACCAUCUGUAUUGAUACCCAUGCUGUGAUCGAAUCCACCACACGGUGCCAGGCAUUCAAGUUAAUGCUCUUUACACACUUCUCCUUUACUAUUGAAUACCGCAAGGAGGUCAGCCUAACCCUGGUGUUCACGCAAAGGGCAGCCGCAGCACUCAACCCUGACAGAGGGAGCAAGGUCGAGAAGUCAAGGAAGCAGCGCCGCCUCACACCACAAAUGACCAACUUAAUCAAAGCUCUGCGAGACUAUGAAUGCUAAGUGCUACAACGCAAAAUUUGCAGUGUCAUUAUGAAUAUACCGUAUUUACUCGAAUCUAAGCCGAUGUUUUUUUUUUCUUCGGAAAAACGAUGUGCGA